CAUUUGAUAGUCACAUUCAGACGUAUCAUCCAGCAGUAGAAUCUGAACAAACUACCGUCUCGAGUGGAUUUACCAGAAAAUGCUGAUUGUAAUUUAUACUGCUCUCAUGUUCACAAUUGGACGUUGCUCAGACGACCAGAACAUUGUGACAAAGACCGUUAUUGUUGGAGAAGAUGUGACUCUAACAUGUAACCGCAACUCUGCAUUGUCAGGAAAUUUAUUUUGGAUCAGAGUUGUUGCUGGAAACUUCCCUGACAUCUUAGGAAAGACUUAUACAUUUGAUAAUGGUCUUGUCGUGAGUACAACUCCUCGCAUUACAGCAAAAAAAGAGCCUGGAACCUUUGUUCUACAUAUUACCAAAACAGAGCUGAGCGAUGCGGCAUUUUACUACUGUGAACUGUUGGUUGAACUACAGACAACAUUUCUGAAUAAAACCAUCCUGAAAGUUAAAGAACCAGAACCUGAUAUUACUGCCGUCACUCAAGACUUCCUAUCUGAUCCAGUCCGUCCAGGAGACUCAGUGACUCUACAGUGUUCAGUCUUCUCUGACUCUGAGCACAGAACCUGUCCAGGAGGACACAGUGUGUUCUGGUUCAGAGCCAGAUCAGAUGAAACUCAUCCCAGAGUCAUUUACGCUCAUGGAAACAGUGAUGAGAAAUGUGAAAGGAGUCCUGAUGCAGGAUUUCCACAAAAAUGUAUUUACAACUUCUCAAAGAGCGUCAGCUCCUCUGAUGCUGGGACUUAUUACUGUGCUGUAGCCACAUGUGGAGAGAUAUUACUUGGAAAUGGAACAAAAUUGGACAUUGAAGGAACUGGCAUGGGGUCCUUUGGUGUUUUACAGGAGGAUAAUGUGUUUCUGGUCCUGCUCUCCGUCCUAUUGGCUAUAAGUGUGAUUGUUAUAGCCAUCCUCACUUAUGCGAUAAAGAAAAACAAGUGUGAUCAUUGCAAUGAUAAAGCUUCUGUUUCCCUGCAAGAAACUGUUGCAAAAAGGAAUUUAAAGAGAGAUGAAGACGCAUGGAUGUAUUCUGCCGUUGUCUUUACCAUGAUGAAAACCGGCAGUGGUGGAAAGAGAGAUGCAAAAGCGAGAAGCGAAAGAGAGAGGAUCUAUGCUGCUGUCAAGGCUUUUGGGUUAGAUUAACAUGUUGACUGGAUCAUGGACAUCAGUUAAUACCAUGUGUAAUAGUUGAUCGUUGAUCGUUUUUUUUAAAAGCUAUUAUUAUAUGUGACAAAUAUUAUUAAAACAAUGCAUUUUGUUCCAUUGAGGAAAGUUGGACUUAAAAUGUUGUGCAACUAUAUUAAGUAAAGGCAUUUCCUUCAUCUAUGGCUGCUGCUGUCAUGCUGAUACUUUGAUUUCAUGCACAUUUCCUGUCUGUCUCAACUGAGUUCUUAUUAGCAUUAGCAUUAUCCUUUGAAUCUGAAUUAUUUUUUAAUCAGAGCAUUCUAAAUAUGAUGUGGGAUGAAUUCACUGUGUAAUGUGACCAUGUGAUUUAAGUCCCACCUGAUGAUUUUUUCCAUCAUUAGCAAUAAUUGUUAUAAUAAUAGUUAAGGUGCUGGUUAGUGAAAUGUAU